AUGAGGCGAAUGACCUUUACGGAUAUUUACGCGAUCCGUCGUAUUGAGAAGGAUAAAUUUACCGAGAUAUACUCCUUCGCUGACUACCUGAAGUUUCUUGUGUAUUAUCCUACACUUUGCAUGGUAAUAGACCUUGAUGGUGAACUUGCCGCGUUCAUAAUUGGCAUCACAGAUAUUGAUGGUAGUGAGAUAUAUGGUCACGUCUCAUCACUUGUCGUCCGUCCCCAAUUUAGGCGUCGGAAAUUUGCUACGCAGUUGAUGGUCGAGUUUGAACGUGUUUGUCGCGAGGAGCUGAAUUGUGCUUACAUUAACUUUUAUGUGAACCCUCAAAACUCUGCUGCUCUUGCGCUUUACGAGACGCUUGGAUACCGAGUACACUCUACUUUGCCGAAGUACUACAACGGUAUUAGCGACGCUUUGGAUAUGCGUAAGACGAUACGCUCGGAUACAUUGUGA